AUGGUGGGCUUCCAGUGCUCCAAACAUCACAGCCCAUCAGCAACAACCCGGUCAUGCAUCCUGGCGUUCCUGCACACCCCUCCAGCCUUCUCUUCAUCAACACAACACCCAAUCAGGACCUUCCCAGCAAACCCUCUUGCUCUGGAAACCCCCGGCGAAUCAUGA